AAUGUCAUAAUCUGUUCAGUUGUUAGUUUCUUGAGUUGUUUCCUUUUAUCUCAUUACUCCAAGUUACCAACUGAACUAAAGAAAAUGGAUGACGAUGGAGAUACAAGUAUGGAUACUACUCCUGCUUGUGAUGGUGAAUCUAAGCAAACUGCCCAUUGUGACAUUGAGAGACUAAGGGCAGAGAUAGACCUUCAAGCAAAGGUCAUUGAUUCUUUGAGUAAAACCAUAGCUGUACUGGAAGCAGAGAGAAGUCAGACAGUCAGUGCUCUCUCACAUCUCCAAGCUGGGCUAUACGACAUGGCCAGGCAGCUGAAGGGCCAGAACCUGGAGAAGCGUUUUGAAGCCCUUCGAUUUGAGGUGACCACUGAGCUUCAUUACCUGCGGAGCCUCCUAUUGCCUUGGCCUGGGCUCGGCCCCUGCUGUCCCUCAACUUCCUGCUCUAGUCUUCACCCCACCAAACUCCGCAACCAGGCCGCCAUCAACCACAUCUCCCAGGAGCUCUAUCACAGUCGGAGAAUCCUGUGGGAGCAGAUUGGAGAGCUGAGGAAAGCAGUUCACAGAAUCCAAGUCCAACUCAGCAAGUUUAGAUUUCCUACUUUUUUGCCACUUAAAUAUAACCAUUUUCUCCUCACCACAACCCUGUUGAAUCUAGUGUGCUUUGACAGCAGAGCGUCUCUGAAGCCUUAAAAGAACUGUUCAUUGAAAAAUCUAAUUUCUACAAUUUUCCCUCAGAAGUAGUUGAUCAACCAAGACAUUUUUGUCAACAGUCACAGUCAACUUUUUUCUAUUAAUACUGCUUUCAGUGUUCAGCUACAAAGUGAAGUUUUGUUCAUUUUUAUAGUUCACAGACACCAAACGUAUCUUAGCUGACUUACUACAAGUAUACUUGCUUUAAGUACACAGGUCUUACCAAACCUACUGUCCCAAAUGUUAUCAAAAGAUGAUGUGAGGGGAAUCUGACAUGUUGCUUUGCCUUCAGAACUUCACAGGGAGGACAUCCUGAAGAGACUGACUGAGUCACACUGCAAAGACAUGGUCUAAUGUGUCAGAAAUCCAGACCAAGCUUCAGAAUCUAGUCAUAUCCAAAGGAAAAGCUCCAAAGAAAACAGGUUGUGGGAUGAAAACAAUCCCAAGGCCUUUGCUGCCCAACUCAGACUCAGAUGAACGCUUAAAUACCCAACACUUGACAGCAAAAGCCAAAGCGCCAGUUGACAUAACUGCCAGAAGAAAAUGAACUGCAAGGGAUGUGGCAGCUCAUCUCAUCUUCUCAUGAAGAUUACUACUAAAAUAAAAUGCAACAACAGUUUUUCCUCAUUCAUGUUUGAUAUAUUGUCCACACAGUAUAAAACAUAAAGCGUGUUUUUAAAGGGUCUUUAUUCAGAAGUGUAGCCAAGGGGUGGCCAGUGCCAUCCUAGACUGAAAUAUGGCCAUGCUUUUGGUCACCCCAGUUUUGGAAAGUGAGGCAGUCAACCAUCAUCAAUAAACCAUCAGGUAUGCUUAUGGUUAAAAUCUGCUACAGGGCGGUUACCACUCAGUUAUAAGAGUAUGAUAACGCUGCAUUUAGUAGUUAAGAGUAUCUUGCCAUCUGGCUGUGAUAGGCUGUGCAAACUAGGGAGGGAAUGUGCACUGAAUGGUCACCCUUUAGCAGUGCUGCUCUGUGCGCUACAUUAUAAAGUAAGCUAUGUGAUGGUAAGAUGGGUUACUUCUUAAGUGAACUGUAAGCGUUUAUUUUUGUACAGAUUAAUAUGUGCAUGUGUACUACGUUAGGCCAGCUUUAUACAGUGUUGUCUGAGUAGCUAGACAAUAAUUGUAUUGAUGUACUAUUUUAUUUCAGUGGAAAUGAUGGACAAAUUUAUUUAUGUAGAGUAAAAAACAAUGCAUCAAUGCAUUUUGUUAGACUCAUGUAUAACCUGUCGCGAGGGCAGCCUAAAUGAGUAACUUCUAUGGUCUGUCUAUGUGAAAUGUUGUUCUUUUUGUAUAUUUAA